UUUUCAAAGCCGUAAGACGCCAAAACAGCGCUACGUUUAUUAUUUUGUCUGUCAUCUAGGGAGUGACUCGUUUAACCUUCCGCGUUUAAACGCGGUUGUCACGCCCCAAACUUUGCCUACAUGACCCGAGGAGCGUUGGACCACAUGAGCACCACCCUCCUGAUGUGACAGCAGAAGUUUUAUAGCUUUAUAUUGAGUAAAAUUAGGGUUUACGGGACAAAAAAGCAAUUAGUAACAGCAGUCUUUGUAUUUGACACUAACUUUACGCAGUAUCAGCGAUGAGAAGCCUAUAAUUCAAAACUUUUUAAAACUGAAGCAGAUAGUUAUGUGAGUAUUAAAUCAAAGUUUUUGACACAUUGUGCAAAACAACAAUCACUUACUGACGUGUAAACAAAGUGUCACAACACCCUCGGUCUUCUCUGCAACCGUUUUAGGGUAAGACUUCUUUUUAUGAGUAAACCGACUCGACAAUAAGGACUUCCUGAAGAUUCGGACAUCAGCGCCUCUUUCACUUUCAGUUCGGACGAUCAUUACCAUAAAGUGGCUAAACGGACUGUAAGGACAGAUAAGCAUGUGUUCGUGGCGUUUUCAUAUCAUAGUUACGGAAUAUCUAGUAAAUAGACGUUUGUAAUCGUUUUUCGUUUGCGAUAUAAUUUCGAAAAUUUCAAAUGACACAGACGCUUUUGUUCUUAAAUGAUAGCCUACGCGUACAGGUAUGAUCAUGAAUGAGACAUUUACUUUACCUUUAUAGUGGGGGAACAAUGACGUUCAGGAGAUAUUUCGUACCUUGUCUGUUGGGUUCUGAUUGUGACUGUUGGUUUUGAGACAAGGCGGAGUACCACUAUGAGCACUCACCAGUUGAUCCUAAAACAGCGUAAAGAGCUUCUGGCAGUCCUGUGUGGUGGAGGAAGUGCCGAACCUCUGGAUUGUGUUCUGGACCUGCUCCUGGCUUGGGAGGUUCUUAUCUGGGAGGAUUACCUAAGCAUACAAGUGGCAGAGAAAGCUCUAAGUUACAAAGUCAGGCAACUUUUAGAUGUGGUAUAUGAUAAAGGAGAAGAUGCAUGCAGCCUUCUCUUGGCUGCGAUGAACCAGGUCUUACCUGAAGAGCAGAAGGCUGGGCUGUGUUUUGGGAAAGAAUGUGCUGAGGUGGGCAAGAACAGACCAGACACUGCAACUUUAACGUUACUGGCUGACAGGCCAGUGUUAGUGAGAAAGCUCAGAGAUAAUAUUGACGGAGCAUUGAAUGUUUUACUAACAACUGGCUGCUUCACCAUUAAAGAUUGUGAUGUGGUGCAACUACCUGUAUACACACCCUCACAGCAGGUUCGGAGGCUGUUAGACCAAGUCAGGUUUAAAGGGGAAACAGCUGCAAAGACCUUACUACAGUAUCUAGAGCAAACAGAGACAACCAGACCAAACCCUGAAGAUAAAGAAAAUCAUCUUUCUGCCAAUUGUAUGCGUUACCAGAAGAAGCUGCAAAGCUCUGUUGCUGCCCAGUCCCAUUCCCUUAGCACAUAUGGCGGGACAGGACAUUUCUCCUUGGAUGACAUUUACACCGAUGGACUUCUUGAAGUAAUAGAUGGCUCUGGUGAAACUACUAUGCUAGGGCUGGAGGAUGUGGUGGGUCCCGUUGGGACUCUUAAUGAAGAUGCUGACACCUUUCUUGUGUCUGGGGAGGCAGGAAGUGGCAAAAGCACACUGCUUCAGCGACUGCACUUGCUCUGGGCAAGAGAAGCUUUGCUCACAAACACUUUCCUGCUGUUCCCCUUCAGUUGCCGCAAGCUGAACGCAGAGCACAGAGAGCUGUCUCUGAAAGAGCUCCUCUUCCUGCACUGCUGCUGGCCUGAUCGAGGUCAGGAUGAGGUUUUCCAGUUCAUCCUAGACCAUCCUAAUUUGGUCCUCUUUACUUUUGAUGGGCUCGAUGAGUUUAAACAGGGUUUCACAGAUGAAGAGCGCCACUGCUGCCCCACAAAGCAAGUGCCUAUACCUGUUUUGCUUUUCAAUCUGUUGCAGGGUACGCUAAUGAAGGGCGUUAUGAAGGUGGUCACUAGCAGGCCACAGGCUGUGGGCCCAUCCCUGAAGCACUAUCUCCGCAAAGAAGUGCUCCUGAAGGGUUUUUCUCCUGGAGGUAUUGAUUGCUUUGUUAAGAAACAUCACAGUGACCCUGCUAUGGCUAGACGUGUCUUAGAGUCCCUCCAGGCUAACACGGUUUUGCUAAGUCUUUGCCACAUCCCAGUCUUCUGCUGGAUUGUGACCAAGUGCCACCAGGAGCUUCUGGGUGGUCAAGAUGGUAUUCCCCAGACUAUCACUGAUGUCUACCUCCUGGUCUUACAGUAUUUCUUUCAGCGAAAGUCAUCUCAGCCCCAAGGAGUCCUGGGAAAGGCCUGGUUGGAGGAACAUUUGGACACAGUGUUAAAACUUGGACAGCUGGCAUUGGAAGGUCUGGGAGCCUCUUGUUAUGUGUUCUCAGGAUAUGAGCUGCAAAGAAUUGGGCUCACAGAACAGGAUGUUAGCAUGGGCUUCCUCAUUUACUGCAAUGACCUAUCUGUUACAGACUGUAAACGCUAUGAAUUUCUGCACAUCACCUUACAAUGCUUCUUCGCUGCUCUCUAUGUCGUUCUGAAUAGUAAAAAAAAUCGAUCUGUUAUCUACAGACUCUUUCAGCCCCAGUACAAGCAGUUGUCGGGCCUGUCUCAAAGAUGUCUGGGACACUGCAUUGACAGUUCGGUAGAGGGGGUGGAGUCCCGUGUGACAGAGACACUGAACCUCCAGAUUACAGCUCAGUUUGUGUCAGGACUUUUAUCCCAGCGGCACCAUAAUCUCUUGCUGGAUUGCUGUCCUACUGCUGUGCGGGAACGCAAGGCCAAGCAGGUAGUUAAGUCUUUGUCUAAAGGUAUGCAGAGACAUUUCAAGUCCAUUCCUCGGCCUGUAGAGGGUGAAAAAAAGAGCAUGCAUGCCAUGCCAAGUUUUGUUUGGCUAAUUAAGUGUAUCUAUGAAAUGCAAGACAGCAGUAUUGCUCAAGAUACCAUGGCUAAGUUGGACGUUGAGCACCUGAAGCUCACCUACUGUAACAUUGGACCAGUGGAAUGUACUGCGCUGGCGUAUGUGCUGAAGUACCUGCGGAAUCCUGUUGGGCUCCAGUUGGACAACAAUUCAGUUGGAGAUGUGGGCGUGGAGCAGCUUCUUCCAUGUCUACAUAUUUGUCACUCCCUUUAUUUAAGGAACAAUAACAUAUCAGAUGAAGGAAUCCGGAAACUUCUGGAAAAGGGAAUGACGUGUGAAAGAUUCCAAAAAAUAGCGCUUUUCAACAACAACCUUACAGAUGCUUGCACCCAACACUUUGCUUGGCUGUUAAAAUCAAAGCAGAACUUCCUGUCUUUGAGACUUGGAAAUAAUAACAUCACAUCGCAGGGAGUAGAGCAGCUGGCAGAAGGCCUAAGCUACAACCAGUCUUUGCAGUUUUUAGGAUUUUGGGGUAAUAAAAUUGGGGACAGGGGAGCUGAGGCAUUGGCAGAUGCACUGAAAAAUAGCACAACGCUAAUAUGGCUAAGUCUGGUGGAUAAUGGUGUGGGCAGUGCAGGUGCAUGUGCUCUGGCGAAACUUAUCAGUCAGAGCAAAACUCUGGAGGAAUUGUGGCUAAAUAAAAACUCUAUCAGCAGAGAGGGGGUUGAGUGUCUAAUAGAGGCACUUAAAAUGAACUCUAGUGUUAAGGAAGUCUGGCUAAGAGGAAAUAAUCUGAGCCCAGAGGAAGAGGAGGAACUGAGCAAGCAAGAAAGCAGAUUGACCUUCUGAGGGCAAGACAGCUCUGUAAAGCCUGCCACCAAACUGCCAAAUCUAAUGCCCAUCAUUUUCCUU